GCUUAAAAAUACAAAAUGCAUUCAUUUGUUUCACUCAAAUCGCCGCCAUUUUUUCAUUCUUUUACCCACAAGCCCUCUCGCUUACCCAGAGUGCCUCUGGAUACCAACCUCCCACAAGCCCCUGCGCGCCUGGUGUAUAUAAAUCCAGAGCAGACACGUGGUCUUUCUCUUCGACGCCAUCUUGGUUCUCUGAACUGCAAAGCUUGUGGUUCACCUCUGUUCGCGCGAAUAAGUCGACCACUGUUAAAAAUGUCUUACGCCAAGGAAAAGGGCGCCGUUCCUGAAGAGGAGGCUCAGAUCCACAGGAUUCGCAUUACCUUGACCAGCCGCAAUGUUAAGAGUCUGGAAAAGGUGUGUGCCGAUUUGAUCCGUGGAGCCAAGGAGAAGAAGCUGAAGGUAAAGGGACCUGUGCGCAUGCCAACCAAGUUCUUGAGGAUCACCACAAGGAAGACACCGUGUGGUGAGGGGUCUAAGACCUGGGACAGGUACGAGAUGAGGAUCCACAAGCGCCUCAUUGACCUGCACAGCCCCUCUGAGAUUGUCAAGCAGAUUACAUCAAUCAGCAUUGAGCCUGGUGUCGAGGUGGAGGUCACCAUUGCCGACGCAUAAAUCCUUGCACCUGCUGCCUCUUGUAUACUGUACCAUGCAGUUCAAUAAAAGCUGACAAGUUGGA